ACGCAGCCUGAUGUAUCGGAACAGUUCUACACAGAGAGAGUAGUAGUAAGCUGCGUUUGGCCCAACCCCAAAUAACUACUGUGAGAGGAAACUAUGAUGACGACAGCUCGUAAAUCGGCAGCUGGAACCUAGAGGUGCCCUGGUUGCGCGAUCUGAACGGUGAGCACAAGUGCCUGCCAGUACUGUAACCGGAGGCUCCACAUUCAAGGUACUGGAAAGCUUGAGUUACGCGUGCGUUUACAGUUGGAUCGGAGAAGGAUAUUGUCCUAUGUCUCUCUCAUCAUCUGUACUGUCUGAUUUUUUUGGAGAUGCCGCGCAUCUUGUGCCAUCCUCAGAUCUGAGCAGCGUGGUAAACUUUAAAGGCUAAUGGGUCAGAUUUGACCAUUUAAAAGUCCCAAAAAGAGACAGAGAAGUUAAUUCACAGAAAAUGUCCACGACGCACCUCAGCUCUCCGGCACCCAACCAGAGCUACCUUUCCACGGCCACCUACGACAAGACAGAACCCGCGGGGGUGGAGAGGCAAAUACGCCUGCUACUUUUCGGCUUGUGCGUAACCAUCGCCACUGCUACCUUUGUCGGAGGUGUGUAUUCGCUGCUCUCUUUCCUCCGGAUGAGGAGAAAAACCUCCCUGUGUCUCAUUGUGGCUUCCAUGUCGGUGGACGACCUGCUCAGCGUGGUCCCUCUCUCCUUGUUCAUGCUCCUACAGUGGGAGACAGAUGGAGGUGGAGGGUCCGGCAGCCUGUGCACUUUAUCUGGACUUCUGUACGUGUUCCAGGGUGUUUCCAGCAAUAUGAAGGCUUGCCUUAUAGCAGCCUACACUUUUUAUGUCACUAAGAGAUUUGGAGUGCUUCAGUCUGUCCGCCGGCCCCUAAGAGUGAUGUGGGCCAUUGCCGGUGUGUGGGCGGUCAGCCUAGCCGUCAGUGUGUUGCCUUUGUGCGGAUGGGGCAGCUUUACGCCGGCCUCUCUCGGGUGUUUCCCAGGGAGCGACAGUUUUUACAUCAUGCUGCUUUUCUCUUUAUAUUCCCUGUGUUUCUGCGGCUUGUUAUUCUUCUUCAUCCCCCUCACCUACCAGCUGCUGUGCUCCAGAGAGCCCCAGAGGACUUUACUGUACCCCGACUAUUUGGAGAUGGCGAGGGGACUGAGUGGCUCCGCUCCCCUCUGUGACCUCAAAUCCUUUUCAAGGGACAGUCUUAACAAAAGUUUCGGUGCCUACAACGAGCUGACCCCAAGUUCAUGCGGGACCGAGCUCAGGGAGAAAGAGGACAGCUGCAUGUCCCCAGUGUCUGUCAACGGGCAGAGGACGACUGCAGUCGAGGACACACCAGUGGUGUUUGCACAAAAACGCUUCUCCAUGAUCCUGGCAGUUGUCCGAGUUAUUUUAUGGAUGCCAAUAAUGACUUUGGUGCUGGUACGCCACGCACUGAAUGCACGCAGCUCAUCCCUGGAGACUCUGAGCUUCUUUCUCACUCUGCUUGCCCCUGCGGUCACUCCAUUGUUCGUGCUGUCUGAGCGCUGGAUCCACAUGCCAUGUGGCUGCUUCAUUAACUGCGAAAGGGAUCCAGCGCAGCAGCCCUCAGUGAUGAAAAGAAGAUUUGAGUUCAACCUUUCCUUCCAACAAGGCUAUGGAGUGUACAAAUUGUCACAUGCCACAAUGUCUCAUAACAGUCUGCCCCUUGAGAAUCCUGCCUAUCAUAGCCUCUUUAAUUGUGACUUCCCAAAUACCCGCCUUGAUGCACUAGAAAGUGGCGGGCCCUCCAGCCUGGGGCCCGAUCUUGAUCUCAGCACCACCUGCCCUGUGGACAGCUCCUCGCAUGCCGACCUUCUGUUGGAAGCAGUAGCCGGUGGAGGAGAGGCGCUGGCUGAUUGUCCUUCACUCCCUCAUGAGAACCAUGGGGACGAAGGUGACUUCCGCUGUGUCCCUUCGCUGCCUUCUCAUCACCGGGAGCAGGAUCACAAUCUCACUGACACAUCGUCUGUGUUCGAGGGGACAGAGAGGAGGCUGUCGCACGAGGAGUGUCGGAAAAUCGAGCUGACAGACUGGGAGUGGUGCAGAAGUAAAUCAGAGAGAACACCCAGACAGCGGUCAUCAGGUGGACUGUCAGUCCCCCUGUGCGCCUUUCAGGGCACUGUAUCAUUGCACGCACCCACAGGGAAGACCCUCUCCCUCUCUACCUAUGAGGUCAGCAGUGACGGACUCAAAAUCUCCCCCAACAAUGCUAAGAAGGUGGAAGUGUACCGCUCCAAAUCAGUUGGCCACGAGCCCAGUGCAGAUGACAAAGCAUCAGGAGGUCAGGCUGGAGACGUGAAUGUCAGCAGCAUAGAGAUGGGCAUGGAGAUCGGGAUGGAAAUGGGCAUACGAGCUGGUGUGGGUGACACCAAUGUCAAGAUCCACCUUGAGGUUCUGGAGAUCUGUGACAACGAGGAGGCCAUGGACAGUGUCUCCAUCAUCUCCAAUAUCAGCCAGUCCUCCACCCACGCCCGCUCGCCGUCGCUGCGUUACUCACGUAGGGAGAACCGCUUUGUCUCCUGUGACCUGGGCGAGACAGCCUCCUACUCUCUGCUCAUCCCCAGCGGUGGCAACCCAGAGGCAGAGACCAUCAACAUCACUAUACCUGACACUGUGGAGGCUCACCGGCAGAACAGCCGAAGGCAGACGCAGGAGAGCUCAGGAUAUCGUGAGGAGAUACAGUUGCUCAAUGAGGCCUACAGAAAGCAAGCUGGGGAGAGGGAAGAGUGACAUACAUUAAUGCGAAAGUGUCUUCGAGGAGGAGGUUGAAAGAGUGACAGCAAAGGAUGAAAGACAAAUUUCCUAAUCAUUCCAUAUUUACUUCUUUCUGAUCACCACUCUAAUAGAACUGACAGGUGACCCAAAUAGAGACUUAGCUCAAGACUGUUAUAACAAUAUGUUUGCCUACUCUUGUACUUAGAUAGCAUCAUGAGAGCACACGCAUCACCUGUCUGUAGAGUACACAGAGAUAGAUUCAUCUGUAAAGGAAGAGGGAUAGCAGUACAUUGUGGUAAACAAGCGCGAGAGAGAGACAGAGACAAAGAAAGGGGAGGGUAGGAGAGCGAAAGAGUAUUCUAGCAGAGCAUCUGUAUUCCUUGCAAGACUUUCACCAUAUGGCAGCCUGUCAUCAUAAAAUAGAUACAGCCAGAGAGAAAUUCACUUAGACGUGGAAAGGAGGGGCCACAGUCUGGUCACAUGUCUGAUAAGAAGCUGAUCCUGUAGAGUACGUCAGCGGUGACUCAGCUGUGAGGGGAGGGGUCACCUGGCCUAUGUGUCUGACUCAUCCCAGUGUGUUGUUGUGCAUUUUUGUGUGUGAGAAGUAGCCUUGCCCUACAAGGAUGGAGCUCUAUGUAUGAGAGUAAUGCUUUGUGAUGUUAGCUGCCAAAAGUAUUUAGAUGUUUCCCCUAUAUGAAUGUGUCUGUUCUGCAUACAUUUCUUUAAAUUAAGGAGUGUUUUCCUUUGCUUCCAGCUGCCAGGUCCGCCAUGUAUUACACAAUUAAUGCUGCUCCUGUCAAAUGAGAGAGGGAAUACUAUCCAUGCUAAAAAUCUGAAACAGGUGGAGAGAAAAAGGAAAGGAGAGGCUAGCAUCUGAGGGAGCGUGCAAGUGAUUAUUGGAGAAGGGGUCAAUAGAAUACUUAUGCCAAGCAGUUUCCUGCCUAGUGCAGAUUCAGUACAAUCUAAUAUUUGUGCAUAUUUGACUCCAGUAUAGGCAGCAUAUGAAUGUACAUUCCAGAGCCACUUUGGGGGAACAUCUCUCUGCCUGCUUCGUUCACUACCCAUCCAAUCAGUGAGCCACCGGGCCUCUCACUUUCUCUUGAAUACAUGCAUAAAUUCAGGACUGGAAUAACAUUUACAUGGAUAGUAUUGUGUAUUUCAGUGCAGUUUUUGAAUAGUUACAUGGGAUAUGGACAUAGAUCAGAAGCAUAUAAAUCUUUAUUCUCUUUCACAAAUAAUAUGAGUAUAUCCUUUCCUAUAUGCACAUUUACAUAUACAUGUGUGUGUAUACAAUUGCAGUAACAUAGUAAAAUAGGUAUUUUAGAGUGACUUUAGAAUAUUUAUUAUUUUUAAUAUUUAUUUAGGUUUGUUUUAUGAUGGUGUCCUUUAUGUGCUUGGUUGCUUGAUCUGCAGAACAACAUUGGCACUUUGUAGACUUCAUUUGCAGCUUUUUGAAUUGUCCUUUGGCAAGCCCACUUCAUCAGCUGUGACACGUUCCAUCCCCCUGAAGAAUGUUGUCAUUAAAGAUUCAUACCAGAAAA